CUUCAAUUAAAUUAGAAACGGUAUAAAUUAUAGCGAAUCAAAUACAGUUGCCAUACUUUUGCUCUCGUAAUAGAACCUAAACUUCAAGGGGCUUCACCAUCAUCAAUCAUCACUUACACUGGAAAGAUGGGGUUGCUCUCGAACAGAUUGGAUAAAAAGAAUCUGAAGCCAGGAGAUCAUAUAUAUUCAUGGCGUCAUGCAUAUAUUUAUGCGCAUCACGGUGUCUAUCUGGGCGAUGACAAAGUCGUUCAUUUCACGAGGCUAGGUCAAGAAGUAGGAACAGGUACAGGUCUUGAUGUCCUCAUUAUUAGUUCAAUGCCACCACCACGUCUAGUCACAUGUCCCACCUGUAAUCAUACCGAUAUUAGCAAUGGAAUUAUCACCUCUUGUCUGAACUGCUUCCUCAAUGGUGGACUCCUCUACCGUUUUGAAUACUCAGUCAACCCUGUCGUGUUUCUUGCAAAUCCUCGUGGUGGCACCUGCACUCUCGCCGCCUCAGACCCACCGGAAACUGUCAUCCACCGAGCAAAUUACCUUGUUAAGAAUGGGUUUGGUUGCUAUAAUAUUUUAAAGAACAAUUGUAUACACUUUGCGAUAUACUGCAAAACGGGGCGUCUUGUUUCCGACAAAAAGACUAUGAGUCCAAGUAGACUGAUGGCUUCGAUCAUUGGCCAACCACUGGAGGCUGUCUUUUCUUCAAGUCUUGAGCUUAUGAAGGCAUCGGGUGUGGCUCCAUAUUGUGUUAAUCGAUAUGUUGCUGAUAUUGGUAAGAAGAGCGAUGUCAUUAGCUAGUAUUGGUGGUGGUUCUUUUGUUGUGUCUUGUUUUUCCUGUUUUCAUAAAGACCUGCUCCAUGCUAAAUAUAGUUAGCAUAAUGAAUAAAAGCAAUUGCUUGAUGUGAUUCGUAUACAAAACAAAUGUAAAAA